CAUGUUUAUAUAUAUAUCUGUGAAUUUUAUUCAAGCGAGCAGCGAAAGUGUGUUAAGAUCGCUUGCUGCUCGCCUUAUUGGAAUCAUUUCUGUAGGUCGAGUAAGAAUGGCAAAUUUAAGGCAGAUUCCUCUUACGUGUAGUGGUCAUACUAGACCUGUUGUCCAUUUGGCGUUUAGUGAUGUAACGGAAUGUGGAUAUUUUCUAAUUUCUGCAUGUAAAGAUGGAAAACCAAUGCUUCGGCAAGGGGACACCGGAGAUUGGAUAGGAACUUUCGAGGGUCAUAAAGGUGCGGUGUGGGGGGUGGCUUUAAAUCCGCAAGCAACAAAAGCAGCGACAGGCGCAGCGGACUUUAAUGCCAAGGUGUGGGACGCCGUGUCCGGGGAGGUACUCCACUCCUUCCAGCACAAGCACAUCGUGAAGAGCGUCAACUUCUCUGCAGACAGCCAGCUGUUCGUGACCGGCAGCAACGAGAAGGUCAUCCGGGUGUUUGACCUCAACAAGCCGGAAGCUGAUCCUGCGUUGUUCAGCGGCCACACGUCUGGCAUCCGACACGUGAUGUUCUUCCGCGAAGGGUCCUACCUCGUGUCGUGUGCGGACGACAAGACCCUGCGCGUGUGGGACCGCUCCACCGAGAAGGAAGUGCAGAAGCUGGAGUUCAGUGCCAUCCCCAGCAGCCUGGAGGUGUCUCGAGACGGCACCGUCCUCACGAUCACGCACGGGAACGUCGUCAGUUUUUGGGACGCCAUCAGCCUGGAGAAGAUUCGAGAGUUCACGGUACCAACCCAAGUCAACUCUGCCUCGCUGCAUCCAGACAAAACUAUUUUUGUCUGUGGUGGGGAGGAUCUGAAGAUGUACAAGUUCGACUACACUACGGGCACGGAAAUAGAGUCCUUCAAGGGCCACUUCGGGCCGGUGCACUGCGUGCGCUUCUCGCCCGACGGCGAGCUGUACGCGUCAGGCUCGGAGGACGGCACCCUGCGGCUGUGGCAGACGACGGUCGGCAAGACGUACGGCCUGUGGAAGUGCGUGGAGGGGGCGUCCGUGAUGGCGGAGCCGAUCGCCCCGCCCAAGCAGGAGGUGCCCGCCAUAUAGCCUCCUCCUCUCUCUCCUCUCUCUCUCGUUCCCGCCAUUUUAAUUUUAUGUAAUUUGCUAUCUUUGAUUGGCUGUUAAUAAAUGACUUUUUUUUAAAAUUUGGUACACACUGUUCAAGAUAGGAUUUUACUUUUGUUUUAUCGGUGAUUCAGCGAACAUGUAUACUUCUACACCUGAAUAUUUAUGAUGUAAUAAGAGAGAAGAAAAAAAACUGACUUGUGUAGCACCAGACCAGCUUAUUCAGAUACCACUUAUUAUUUUUGUUCAAUUUUUAAAAAAAAAAAAAACGCUUAUUUGUCAAAGCCUGAAUGUUGCCUUUUGCCAUCUGUAAAAAAAAAAAGGCUCCGUAUCUUAAAAACAAACUGUGCUUGUUUUUCGGUGUUUAAAACUGUUAAAUGCAAUUUUAGAUUUAAACUCGUGUAAACUGAGUCUUCUUGUGUUACAUACAGUUUUUUUUUUUGUGUAGUCAUUCCCAUAAAAGUGUUACGCUUGAGGAUUUUGGUUUACGUAAACUUAAAACAUUUCUGUUUUCCCCAAAAAUCUUGAAAUUUUAAGUUUCUAGGAUUGUGAAGGCUAUCGAAGACAAAAAAAUUUGUGUAACUACCUACAAUGUUACUGCUCAUCUGGUGAUGGGCUUCAAAUCCCAGACUGCUCAUGUUCAGUCACAGCUUGUCUUUUAGAAUUUCAAGUCAAUCAAAUUACUGGUGGAAUAACCCAGUUUAGGAAUUGUUCAGUUCACUUGAACAACUUUAUUUUAAUUGGUUACUUUGUGGGGAUGCAAAUUGCUUUUGUUGUUUUAUCAGUAUUUUGGAUACGUGACAAAAGUUUAUUUUGUCUCCUGAGGUUGACUUGAUCUGACAGGUGGGAUACACAUGUAUGCAAUAUCGUAUUUAUUAUUUAACUGGUGUUUUGUAAAUGAUCUUAUACAUAUGAACUUAAAAAAAAACCAUAGUUUUUUUGUUGGUAGUAGUGAUGGUGUUACUAAUCGCAGUGGUAACAGGAUUGCCACGCUUAACUGUAGCAUGCAUUCCAGAAUUUUUAUUUGGAAAAAUCCUUCUGAAAUCGUGUUAAUAUUUUCGUUAUAUGCAUUAUGUAAAUGUUUUGUACAUAAAUUUUGUAAAUUAAAUUUUUCAUACGUA